GAUUUGCAAUCCCAUGAAGAAAUUCUGCAAAUCCAACUGUUAAGCUGAGUUCCCUCAAAGGGACUUUCUUGCAAUUCUUGCCUGUGGGCAGGAAGACUCCUCCUGCAAUCUAGACACUGACUUGUCCAGAAUCAAUAUAUGAUGGUCAGCAUGAGCUGCCAGGUGAGUGCUUCCUGUGAGAGCAGAGCCAGACGCUGGGCACCAGCAAGGGCGCCGUGAAUAUUGAAAUAGAAAUAGUCCCAUCCCACUCAUCAAUUUAUUCAACCUAAAAUGUUCUCAGAGAUGCCAGCCUCGAAUCUCUGGAUCUUGUCAAGAGCCAAUAAUAGCUACCCUCUGCCCAAAUGGCUCAGUCUCUGUCCAGACUCCCCCAGAUCAUCAGUUUACUUUGUGAGACCUCGUAUCAGUCUCACAGUGUCUGUGCUGCAUCGCAGGCCUGGGACGGUUCAUGCCACCAGGGCGUAGCUGAGAAGAGCAGUGAGACUGUUAGUGUGUGCUCAUUGAGGCAAGAUUCCCAGACUGGACUCGCCUUUUAUUUCCCCAGGGCCUAAGAGUCGAUGAUCAGUGCAUUUCAAACUAUUGUAACAAGCAGCCCAGCCACGUCUAGUGACCAUAACCUUGCAAGGCUUUCGGAAAUGAGUGGCCAGGCCCACAGAGCAUUGGGGGAAACUUACUGUGCAGAAUUUAAGGGACGCUCUGAAGAAAUGAAGAACAAAAUGAAGAGGGAGCUGCUGUGUGUGCUGCUGCUUUGUGGAGCACUCUUCAUUUUGCCCAGCCAGGAAACGCACACACACACGCUAUUCAGAAGAGGAGCCAGAUCUUACAGAGUGACCUGCAGGGAUGAAAAAACACAGAUGACCUACCGGCAACACGAGUCGUGGCUGCGCCCCAUGCUCAGGGGCAACCGGGUUGAAUACUGCUGGUGCGACAGUGGCCGGCCGCAGUGCCACUCGGUGCCCGUCAAAGGUUGCAGCGAACCACGGUGCUUCAAUGGGGGGACGUGUUGGCAGGCUCUGUAUUUCUCAGAUUUUGUCUGCCAGUGCCCUGAAGGAUUUGUUGGGAAACGCUGUGAAAUAGAUGCCAGUGCCACAUGCUACGAGGACCAGGGUGUCACCUAUAGGGGCACGUGGAGCACAGCAGAGAGUGGGUCCGAGUGUGUCAACUGGAACAGCAGUGUACUGGCCCUGAAGCCCUACAAUGGGUGGAGGCCAGAUGCCAUCAGGCUGGGCCUUGGGAACCACAAUUACUGCAGAAACCCAGACCAAGACUCGAAGCCCUGGUGCUACGUCUUCAAGGCGGGGAAGUACAGCUCCGAGCCGUGCAGCACACCCAGCUGCUCCAAGGAAAAAAAUGGGGACUGCUACACUGGAAGAGGAUUGGCAUACCGCGGCACCCACAGCCUCACCACGUCUGGUUCCUCCUGCCUCCAGUGGAAUUCCAUGACCCUGAUAGGCAAGGUUUAUACAGCGUGGAUGACCAACGCCCAGGCACUGGGCCUGGGCAAGCACAAUUACUGCCGGAAUCCAGAUGGGGAUGCCAAGCCUUGGUGCCAUGUGCUGAAGGACCGCAAGUUGACGUGGGAAUACUGUGACAUACCCCAGUGCUCCACCUGUGGCCUGAGACAGUACACGCAGCCUCAGUUUCGCAUUAAAGGAGGACUCUACGCGGACAUUGCCUCUCAUCCGUGGCAGGCCGCCAUCUUUGCCAAGAACAGGAAGACACCAGGAGAGAGGUUUUUGUGUGGGGGAAUACUGAUCAGUUCUUGCUGGCUCCUGUCUGCUGCCCACUGCUUCCAGGAGAGGUUUCCUCCCCAUCACCUUAAGGUGGUCUUGGGCAGAACAUACCGAUUGGUCCCUGGAGAGGAGGAGCAGAAGUUUGAAGUAGAAAAGUACAUCGUCCAUCAGGAAUUUGAUGAUGACACUUACGACAAUGACAUUGCACUGCUGCAGCUGAAGUCGGAUUCCAUGCAGUGUGCCCAGGAGAGCGACACUGUCCGCACCGUCUGCCUCCCUGAAGCCGACCUGCAGCUGCCCGACUGGACGGAAUGUGAGCUGUCUGGCUACGGCAAGCACGAGGCGACCUCUCCUUUCUAUUCUGAGCGGCUGAAGGAGGCGCACGUCAGACUGUACCCGGCCAGCCGCUGCACGUCGCAGUACUUGUCUAACAGGACCAUCACGGACAACAUGCUGUGUGCUGGGGACACACGGACUGGAGGGAACCAGGCGAACCUGCAUGACGCCUGCCAGGGUGACUCAGGAGGCCCCUUGGUGUGUAUGCAGGACAACCACAUGACUUUGGUUGGCAUCAUCAGUUGGGGCCUUGGCUGUGGGAGGAAAGAUGUUCCGGGUGUAUACACCAAGGUCACUAAUUACCUAGCCUGGAUUCAAGACAACAUGCAGCCAUGACCAAGAACAGCCCAUUCCCUGAAAUCACAGGAGACCCUACUUCUUCCACUUCAGAAGGCACCCCACGGCGGUGCUUCCUUACCCAGAUUUCUCCAUGAGCCAUCACACAGGACAAGUGAGGGGAGAACUGGCAGAAGAGAAAGGAUAUAUUUUCAUGGGUACUUCCCCAUUUGGAAGUUUUCAGGGAUUCAGGUCUGAUUUCAGAAUGUAUUCUGUCAGACCAGAACACAGAUCAAGGCCAGCCCCUCCUGGAUACCACCAUCUAGGGCAGAAGAGAGGUAGACAAGCCCAGCCUCCAAUCUGUCAACGUGAGCAGCUUUGAAAUGGGACCACAAAGAUGCAAGUGUGUCUUAAUAGGAACAAGUGACCUGGUCCUUCGGGGAAGGAUUGCAUUAGAAAUAGAAUGUCUGUUUAUAGGCCCAAGGAAGCCCAACGGGGGCCUCCUAAGAAGGGAUGGGCUGGCUGGCCAGACCGUGUUCCUUAAAGCCAUCCUUGCAAUCGUUUGGCUUUCCCCUUUCUCCACCUUACAGCUCUUGGAAAGGAAUCCUUUGUGUACAGUAUAAAUCUUUUCUCUUUACAGACUUUAUAACAGAACAGGAGACUUGUAUCAUUUUCCUAACUGAUAAACUAGGCUUUAGCAUAUUUAUAUCAAUCCAUCUUAGUUUUUAUUUUUUGUUGCCACAAUCCUGUAUUAUACUGUACUGAAAUAAUAAACUCAGAUGUAUUUUUCACACAUUUCCCAA